GCAGUCAUAUGCGAGAGGUUUGAGUUAUUCUAGCGUCGCAACCGGAGGUAAGGAUUGGCUGGACGUGGGCUGUCAAGAGGCAACCGCGAACAGAACGGCAAAAAUAUACAUAGUAUAUGUAGAUAUGUAUAUAUAUAUUUAGUUGCAUUGUUGUGCGGUAGCCAGCCUGCUGCAUUUCUGAGACAUACCUGUCAGAGGAGACGUUCAUUACGGAGGGAGAGCGGCCAAUUUUCAUGACAAUGACUCUCGAAGAUGAGCUAACAUCAGCAGCAGCCAUGGGGGACGCCAAGCGCGUGGAAUACCUCCUCCAAACAGGAGCAGAUGUCAACGGUGUCAACUGCUUUGGACGAACGGCGCUGCAGGUCAUGAUGAUGGGAAGUGCAUCAGUCGCCCGGCUGUUGCUUGCCCGAGGAGCGGAUCCCAACGUAACGGACAUGCGGACCGGGACCACGCCGCUCCACGACGCAGCCAGGGCCGGCUUUGUGGACACGGUGCAGAUACUGGUGCACUCCCUGGCCGACCCAAACGCCCGGGACAACACAGACUGUCGGCCCGUCGAUUUGGCCAGACAGUGCGGCCACAGCGACGUGGCCACUUUUUUGGAGUCUUUGUAAAUACGACGGGGACUUUUUUCCUUUUUUUUCCCUUCUUCUUCUUCUUUCCUAACCCUAUCUUCUGGUUUCAGGGAACGUCUGCGGCGAUGGGAGUCAGGUCAUUCACUGGCCUCUAACCUAAAUCAUGCAUCGACUCCCCUUGGACUGUUUUGAAAAAAUAUUUAUCGUUUUCGAAUGUGUGAUCAAAAAAGACUGCUUUUUAAUUCAGUGACGGUUAUGGGUACGUUGGUACGACUGUAACUGUGUGUUCUCCGGAGUUGCGAUGGCUAGCAAUUAGCCUGACAGGCCCGUGUAGCUCCUAUAGAUAUAUUUUUGAUGAAACACUUUGCCAUAUUCGGCUUUUCAUGAGGCAAAAGACUGUAAAUAUCCAUCACAUAACGAAGAGUAAAUGCAUGCUUGAGCAUUCAUGCCCGGUCGCCAGUGCUAAUAAGGGCUAAACGACUGGGAGUCACAUUUUUUCGUGUACAAAUUCCAACUAUUUAAAAAUUAGAUCUACUUUUGCACUUUAUUAAAACGUU